AUGGCGCCCGUUAAUGUCGUUCACUUGCCCAACGGCCAGAACCUUACCGUCACGCCUGUCUUUGGAGGCCUCUUCUUCAAGUCGAGCGAUGUCCACACGCAUUCGCCAUUUCCGCCUGGCUGGACAGUUGUGCUCAACUCCGAGGAUGAAUUGGCCACGGACGAACAAGAGCAGCAGCAGCAGGAUGAGGAGGAGCUGUUCCCACCACGUCGCAUUCACCGCUUCAAGAAACCCACCUUGAAUGGAGACCACCUCUACAUCUCGUCCAUAUCGAAUCCCAGUAGCAGCGAGUUUAAGCCGGCUGCGUCGCCAACCCGCCAGAUCGCCAUGAUGCUGUGGGCGACGCUGUACUGGUACUUUCACCAGCCCGAACCGACACUGCAGGUCACAAACGCGCGUUCCAAGAACACCGCCGAUGCUGGCAAGCCCAAGGGCGAGUGGCGCAUAAACAUCAACAGAGAGGGUGUUUUCAAAGGCAAGGUCGUGCUGCCCAAGCUGGAGCGCAUGGGUCUCAUCGCCAGCGAAGAUUCGACUGUAGGAUGCGCACAAGAAGAGUCUUCUCCUGAAGGCUGGACACACAUGUUCGUCAGUCGAAGGACGUUCUGGCAGCUUGACCCGAGAAUAUACUUGUUCACUCUGUCGCCAUUAGCCAACACCAACUCGCCCUUCCCGUCGGGCUCACCAUAUCCCUCGAGACCGUCGUCCCCAGCGGGCGGAUCUGAUGCGAAGAAAGAACAACAGCUUGAUCAAGUAUCACCAGGUCUGUGGUCACCAACGGCGCCAGGCCCCUUCCACUCGAGCUCGCACCUCCCAACGUACUAUCCACCUCCUCCUGCGCAAUAUGUCUUCACGAACAACACGCGACACCCCAUACGCCCGAAACCGCCUCGACAGGGAGAGAUACUGUACACAAGAUACAUACCCAGCGUUGGACAGUACCUGUCUUUCCGGGUAGCUUCCAUCUCUUCGAAAGCGCUUCGACACCAGGGGCCAGUCUCCAGCCCAAACCGCAACAGCCAGAUUGCAGCUUCUGACUCCGUCGCUCCCAACAUGAACUCGAUGAAUGCGGGAAUGUCCGACUCGGAAUAUCUACACAAAUGGAUGAACGAUCCCCGUGUAUCGCAUUUUUGGGGCGAGGCAGGUCCACAGUCUCAUCAAGAGGAAUUUCUCAAGAACGGCCUACGAUCAAAGAACUCGUUCCCAGUCAUAGGAUGUUGGGACGGGAAGCCGUUUGGCUACUUUGAGAUAUACUGGGUCAAGGAAGACAAUCUUGGAAAGUACUUACCCAUUGUUAGCGACUACGACCGAGGUUUCCACUGCUUGGUGGGCGAGCAGGAGUUUAGGGGCGCACACAGGGUAAAGAUCUGGCUGAGCGCAUUAGUGCACUAUUGUUGGCUCGCGGAUAACCGGACAGAGAGGGUCAUGUUGGAGCCGAGGGUCGAUAACGAAAAACUUGCAAAGUACCUUCAAGAAGCUGGAUUCUACAAAGAGCGCGAGAUUAGCCUCCCGCACAAGCAGAGUAACUUGUUCAAGAUCAACCGCGACGUGUGGAAAGGUCCAGCGCUCUCCCUGGACAUUCAGUCCCGCAUAUCAGACAUGAAGACCAAAUCUGGCGCCACCAUAUUCGAUGCGUACCAGACUUCCCUUACAGGCCGGUACUGUUCGGCGGAGAUGUCGCAACUGUUCUCGCAGCGCAGCCGACACUCGAUAUGGCGCAAGCUAUGGCUAUUCCUCGCAGAGGCGGAGAAGGAGCUAGGAAUUGAGAACAUCAGUGACGAGGCGCUCACCCAGAUGAGGGAGCACCUAACCGUUACGGAUGAUGAUUUCGGAGUUGCCAAGGUCGAGGAGAAGAAGAGGAGACACGAUGUUAUGGCGCAUGUACACGCCUAUGGACAAGUUGCUCCUGCUGCAGCAGGUAUCAUCCAUUACGGAGCAACCAGCUGCUAUGUAACGGAUAAUGCUGAACUCAUUCUUAUGCGCGAUGGCCUGGAUCUCCUCAUCCCCAAGCUCGCAAAAGUCAUCUCCAACCUCUCCGCCUUUGCCCUGAAAUGGAAAUCCGAGCCUACUCUUGCUUAUACCCAUCUCCAGCCCGCUCAGCUCAUCACCGUAGGUAAGCGAGCGGCGCAAUGGGCGCAAGACCUCCUUUUCGACCUUGAGGCCAUAGAGCUCGUCCGCGAGACCCUACAGUUCCGUGGUGCGCAAGGAACGACCGGUACACAAGCCUCUUUCCUCGAGAUCUUCAACGGCGACAGCAAAAAGUGCGACCAGCUCAACGAGCUGCUCUGCAAAAAGGCCGGAUUUCCCUCCUGCUACGCCAUCUCCACACAGACCUACACCCGCAAGGUCGACCUCAUCAUUGCAAACGCCAUCUGCGGCCUCGGCGCCUCUGCGCAAAAGAUCACAGGAGACAUCCGCCACCUAGCCGCGUGGAAGGAACUCGAAGAGCCGUUUGAAAAGGACCAAAUCGGCUCUUCCGCCAUGGCAUACAAGCGCAACCCCAUGCGCUCAGAACGCAUCUACGCGCUCAGCCGUGAGCUCAUGUCCAAGCCGGCUUCGUUCGCAAACACGCUCUCAGACCAAUGGAUGGAGCGUUCCCUCGACGACUCGGCGAUCCGCCGCAUGGACAUCCCCGAGAUGUUCCUACUUGCCGACGCUAUCUUGCUGUCUCUCGACAACGUAACAUCCGGUCUGGUCGUCUACCCCAAGCGCGUCGACGCACGCGUGCAAGAGGAAUUGCCCUUCAUGAUCACAGAGUCCAUCAUCAUGCGUCUCGUUGCCAAGGGCGAAUCGCGUCAGGAAGCACACGAGCAGAUUCGCGUACUUUCCCACCAGGCCGGUGCGCAGGUCAAGAACGAGGGCAAAUCAAAUGAUUUGGUUGAUCGCAUCAGGAACACAGAGUUCUUCAAGCCUAUCUGGGGUGAGCUCGAUACUAUGCUUGACAGCAAGUUGUACACGGGACGGAGUGAGGAGAUUGUCGAGAAGUUCUGUGGAAAGGGGGGUGUGCUUGAAGGCAAGCUGAAGAAAUACCAGGAUUACAUCGAGGGCGCCAAGGUCAGUGAGUUGAAUGUUUAG